UUUGAUUUAUUAAACACUCGCUGCUUUUCGGAAGUAAUUUCUGAGAUUAUUAUUAAUUUGGGGGGAAACUUGCGAUGAAUAAAGCGGAGGAACGGAGCAAAUCAAUCGCGAUCUCAAUCUUUUUCCCUUCCUUCGUCCCUCUUCCUUCUGCUUCUUUCGUCGGAGCCAUCUCCGUUCUUUGAUCGCGGUGAGGGCGUCUCUGAUCCCGGAUCGCCAGAGCUUCAUGCGAUUAAAAUUUAUACACAAUGGUUUGAAAGAACUAGAAAUUCAUGGCAGCUGCAGAAGUAAGGACUGCUUGGCAGCGUGCUGCAAACCGUUGCCUCGUACAGGAAGAUGCAAAGCGAGCUCCAAAACUUGCUUGUUGUCCAUCGUCUACCCCACAAAAUGAUUCAGGAAGUGGAAGCACAACAACUGUACAAGAUUAUUUUAUUCCCAAUAUCAUACCUAACAGAAAUUCCAUGAAUUAUAUUCUGUCACCUGAAACAAAAUGGUGGCUUCAGAUGCAACCAAACUUAGGAUAUCAUAAGGAUUUUAUUUGCAAGCAACUAAGCUCUUUAGAAGAUGAGGUCAAAAGUGACAUGGAUGCUGUGCUCACAAAUAGGGAUUCUUUGUCAAAUGACUCUAGCAACUUUGUUGCUACAAAGGAAGACUCUUUUCUGAAGUCUCCUGAGAUAGUCUCAUCAGUUUUCAUGACACCGGAUGCUGAAAGAAAGGUCAAAGAGAUGAAUACAAAAAGCUAUUCAGAACACUCGCUAAAGAUAAAGAGAGCCACGGAUGGUUGCCUUCAUAAAGAGGAACUUCUGAGCCAGACACCUGAUCCCUUUUCCCUGAAAAGACCAGAGAAAACUUCUUUAGAUCUUGAAUCACCAUGGUCUGGGACUACCAAGUCUGAGCCAUGGUGGCGUAUUGCAGACAAAGAUGAGUUGUCUUUGUUGGUUUCCCAAAAAUCAUCGCAGCAUAUUGAAAAUUGUGAUCUUCCUAAACCUAGCCAGACAAUUCAUGUCCCGAUAGGAAAGCUAGAUGCAGGUAUAUGUGGUGCCAAUGAGUAUUCAGACAAUACUUCUUCGUGUGGUUUUGAUGAAAAGUUCUUUUAUUCCGGGGUAAACAUGUUGCACCAAUCAGAGAAGUUGUACAGUAGUCAGGCACAAGGUCAUCUUAAAAGGAAACCUCCUGCUGAUCAGACAUUCAAGAAUGACCUUUCAAGAUCCAAUCUGCUGGAUGCGCUUCGCCAUUCCCAGACCCGAGCUAGGAAAGCAGAAAUGGAGGCCCAGAAAGCUCAUGAUGAAAAGGAACAUAUAAUCAAGCUUUUGUUCAGACAAGCGUCCCACCUUUUCGCAUAUAGACAGUGGCUACAAAUGUUGCAGUGGCAGAAUCUUUUUCUCCAGCGUCAACUCAAGGACCAUCCGAUUUCCACCAGUGUUCCGAACUUCCCAGUACUGCCUCAACUUCCAUUGAAAGGGAAACACAGAGAAGGGAGGAAAAAGCAGUGUAAAAUCUGCAAACUUGCACUUGCACUUGCUGUCGGAUUGGGUCUGGCCGGUGCAGGAUUGCUGCUCGGCUGGACGAUUGGUUGCUUGUUUCCCCCAGUAUAGAAUUGCUAUCAUCCUUGCAAACAGGUGAUUGUAUGUUGGGCACAUUUUGUGGCCUAAUGAAAAAGUUGGGCUUCCGAAGCUGGUUCAUGUACUCGGAGUUCAUCUUUCAAUGUACAUGGUUUCUGCUGUACAUAAACAAUUACAUUGAGACUUGUCUACAUGAAAUUAUUCUGCACAGAUACGGUGGCUUUGAUUGA